CUCUUCCCUGUUCUCACCAGAGAGGCACAAGCGCUCCGGCCCUUCCAGCGGCAGGCAGAGCGAAGAGAAAGGGUCUGUUGUUUUUCUCUCCGUGUUUCUCUCUCCUCCACUGCUGAUCACCAAGCUGCUGACCAGGUCAGAAAGCCUUGAUGGAAAUCCUCCAGUGCUGGGCACGCCCCUUCUCCUCCAAGGAGGCCGUCCUUGACUAAUUUUUCUUUGUCCCGAAGGGAAGAAAAGAGAGAGGGAGAAAGAAGGGAAAAGAAAAACCUUAAACUCCCUUUGAAAACCAGUUUGGAGUCAGGGCCUGGAGCGCACGCCCUAGACUCGGCGACUCGAGAAUCCCGAAGACACGCUCUGAGCAAGCCGGGAGCACCUGGGCUGCACCCCUGCUUGCCGUCGCCCUCCUCGUUGCCCUGGAUCCUGGGCGUGAGUCCGGAAGUGGCCAGGACCCGGCCAGGACCGCCGCUGGUAAACCUUGUAAAAGCUCUAGCGUUGACAGCUGGAAGGCAGCUGGGACUGUGGCGCCCCCCUCCUUGUACCCACCAGCCCCAUCCAAUUGCCGAGCGGAACCCUCCUCAGUCCUGGAACAACCUUCUUUAAGGCUUCUUCCAACUUUUGGCUACUCAGUGCCACUGCUAGGGAGGAGCCAGGGCUAUUUUAACUCCCUCACACUCAACCAGAGAUAAUUCCUGCUGGAGACAACGUGUAGGACUUGAAUUGAGGAAAAGAAUGGAAUCCUGACUUGUCUGAGCUCCCUCCCCUCAUCCUUUGCUGCUGUGAAACACCCUGUGCCCCACCCCACCAGGGAAGCCGACCCCACCCGAUGUCUUCAAUCCCACUGGAAUCGUCCCUCCCAAACCUGAAAGCCCUGUACACUCCUUGGCCCCAUCUGGUCACGGCAAGUUAAAGGUAAAAGGGCCCAGCCUGGGGCUGCUCUUCUGUUUACCCAAGCUGACCGAGACACUAAUCUCCCCUGCCAGGAGUGGCUGCGGACGUUAUCCAGCCUUCCGCACCACAUUCCUUUUCUAAGACUUCUCUGGGCCUAUUUGCUUUCCAGCCCAAUGAUCUCCUUUUUAUUGGAUGGUCUCUCUUUUGCAGUUCAAGCCUAGACUGGGCAACUCCCUGAGGACUGUAAAGUCCUUUGGUGGCCCCCAGUUGACCUCUUCUGACCAUGGAAAACCAUCAACCUGAGCACCCGAUCUCUGUCAAGGCCAGGACUGCAGAAGCAGUCAGCCCUGAAAACCACGAAGUGCUAUCAGAACCGGAAGAGCACCGCCAGGACAAGGAUGCUGGAGAGGCUGAUGGGGCAGCCAGAGAGGCUGUUGGGGUGGCCGGAGAAGCUGAUGGGGCAGCCAGGGAAACUGAUGGGGCAGCCAGAGAAGCUGAUGGAGCGGCCGGAGAAGCUGUUGGGAUGGCCCGAGAAGCUGAUGGGGUGGCCCGAGAAGCUGAUGGGGUGGCCCAAGAAGCUGAUAGGGUGGCCGGAGAAGCUGAUAAGGCAGCUAGAGAACAGGAGCCAGAAGAUCAAGGGUCACUGCCAGUCCAGGGCCAGGAUAAACCUGAGUCCCCUCCACCUGAUGCUAGCCCAAACCAGCUGGGGCCAGCCCACCAGACACCACCUGAAGCAGAGACAGUGGGGACGCACUCCAGGCCCCAGGAGCUUCCCCAGUCCCCCAGGGCCCGACAGCCCGAGCUGGAUUUCUACUGUGUGAAGUGGAUCCCCUGGAAGGGAGCACGGACACCCAUCAUCACCCAGAGCUCUAACGGCCCUUGUCCUCUCCUCGCCAUCAUGAACAUCCUCUUUCUCCAGUGGAAGGUGAAGCUGCCCCCUCAGAAGGAAGUGAUCACAUCAGAUGAGCUCAUGGCCCAUCUUGGAGACUGCCUCUUGUCCAUCAAGCCCCAGGAGAAGUCAGAGGGACUUCAGCUUAAUUUUCAGCAGAAUGUGGACGAUGCAAUGACAGUGCUGCCUAAACUGGCCACAGGCCUGGAUGUCAAUGUGCGGUUCACAGGUGUCUCAGACUUUGAGUAUACGCCCGAGUGCAGUAUCUUUGACCUGCUAGGGAUACCUCUGUACCAUGGCUGGCUUGUUGAUCCACAGAGCCCUGAGGCUGUGAGUGCAGUUGGGAAGCUGAGUUACAAUCAGCUGGUAGAGAAGAUCAUCACCUGCAAGCACUCCAGCGACACCAACCUCGUCACAGAAGGUCUGAUUGCAGAACAGUUCCUGGAGACCACCGCAGCCCAGCUGACCUACCACGGACUGUGUGAGCUUACCGCAGCUGCCAAGGAGGGUGAACUUAGCGUCUUUUUCCGAAACAACCACUUUAGCACUAUGACUAAGCACAAGAGUCACCUGUACUUACUGGUCACUGACCAGGGCUUUCUGCAGGAGGAGCAAGUGGUGUGGGAGAGCCUGCACAAUGUGGAUGGGGACAGCUGCUUCUGUGACUCUGACUUCCACCUAAGUCACUCCCUGGGCAAGGGGCCUGGAGCAGAAGGUGGGAGUGGCUCCCCGGAAAAGCAGCGGCAGGUCGACCAGGACUACCUGAUUGCCCUGUCCCUGCAGCAGCAGCAGCAGCCUCAAGGCACGUUGGGUCUUAGUGACUUGGAGCUGGCCCAGCAACUUCAGCAAGAGGAGUACCAACAGCAACAAGGGGUCCAGCCUGUGCCAGCAAGGGCCCCGUCGCCCCAGGCGAGAGGACCGCCGCCCGGACGCCCAGCCGGAGAGCGCCGGCGGAGGCCGAAGCCAGAGUCCGACUGCGUCCUCCUGUAGCGCUGCCCAUGCCGGGCUGCCCUGCCUCUCCUUUCAGAGGCUCUGGCUACUUUGCUUGCCUCCCCAGGUCAGCCCCUGAGAUAUGCAGGGUAACUUAUUUAUGGACUCUUGGGGAUCACAGCAGGCAGUAAAUGUCAAGAUCAGACUCAGCGACAUCCUUGCCCUCAAGUGCUGCGGCUUCUCUCCCUCCCAAUUACCCAGGGCAACAGUGGGACUGGUGGGGUGAGGACUUCUGGUUCCCAACUCCCCUGUCCCAGAAUAUCACACUACUGUGGAGACUCCAGGGUGAGGUCCCUGUCUAGACAGCAUCUGCCUGGCUUCCCACCCUGACUGACUGGGUCCUUCUGGACAUCCUGCAGGUCCGUUCCCCUUGUUUCAGGAUUUGGUUUGGAUUUCUAUCUCCAUUAUUUGUAAUGCCUUCCUAGGGGUUUGGAAAUAAAACCUGAUUCCUGAGA